CAAAUGUGAUAAGAGUAAUGUAGCAUUUAUUGUUGAUUAACGUAACAUAAAUUAAUUCUUCUUUAAUUGAAAUGUUUUAAAAUAUUAAUUGCUAAAAUCUUUUUUAACUGGUAGAAGUGCAAAAGCAUCUUACGUCAAUGCGAUCCUGUAUCUAACACGUGAAUAUACAUGUGCAUUCGUACGUUCAAUAGCAAAUCAUAAUAUUAUUUUCAUUUUUUAUGUAUUUUCAUUAUACAUAAUUAGUUUCAUUUUAAUAAAAUAUAUCUGAAACUUAACAAUAGAUAAUGUCACAACUAUUGACAGAUUUUUGUGGGUUUAUGUACAAUGUGAUUUUAUAAUUUGCAAAUAACGAGCUAAUAGUUCAGUAUAAAAUAUACACAUUCCAAGCUUAUAAUCGGUAAUUGUGAUUGAACAUACUUGUUAACGUAAAUAAAUAGAUUUUUACUUUGUAAUGUUACAAAUCAGGACAUAUUUCUUCAAAUGCAUUAAUAGAAAUAUAAACUCACAUGGUGCACUAUCAAAUAAUAAGCAUUGUACUAUAAAUUUAUUAACAAUGCAGCAAAGGGAGAAGACAAAAAAAUUCUUGCUGCAUUUUAAUGCAAAGUUAAAGGUACUUGGUAGCGGGGCAGCUGGGGCCCCAUCUUGUAUAUAUCUUUUAACUGAUAAUAGUAAUUACAUGUUUAAUUGUGGAGAAGGUACUCAACGCUUAGGUCAAGAACAUCAGUGUAAAUUAUCCAAAGUACAAAAUAUAUUUGUAACAUAUUCUUCUUGGAAAAAUCUUGGAGGUAUUCCAGGUUCUCUUUUAACAGCACAAGCCGAUGGCGUAACACAAAUAAAUAUUCAUGGCCCAGAAGUAUUUGAUGACUAUAUAAAAGCAAUUAAACCAUUUGUGCAUUUAUCAAAUUUAAAAAUUACUUAUCCCUUAAUCGACGAAUCUAAACCAUAUGAGGAUCAUGUAAUGAGAGUUUCAUAUGUACCUAUAACAAAAGUUUUAAAAGAUACUAAAGAAAGUUCUUCAGAUUUGGUAGAUAAAGAAUAUCAUAUAAAUGCAAAUCAUAAGAGAGUUAUAGAUGAAGAAACAGACAAACAAAACAUUAAUACAGAAAAGAAAAUGAAAAGCACUCCACAUUUAAUAUGUUAUAUCUGUGAAGUCCAUCCACGACGUGGAAAAUUAAUAAUAGAUAAAUGUAUAAAUUAUGGUAUACCACCUGGACCACUUUUAGAUAUAUUAAAGCAUGGAAGGGAUAUUACUAAACCAGAUGGGACUGUUGUUAGAAGUAAAGAUGUAGUACAACCAGACACACCUAAAACCACCUUCAUAGUUUUAGAAUGUCCGACGGAAGAAUAUUUGGAUUCCAUUCUAAAUCAUCCUACUUUCUUAAAAUAUCAACAGACAGAAUCAACGAAAGGAGAAUAUGAAGUAUUUUGCAUAUUUCAUUUUACUCCUGAAAACAUUUUCACUACUCAACGAUAUCAAGAUUGGUUAAAAAAAUUUUCUUCAAAUACUGAACACAUAGUUUUAAACAAUGAAAAUACUUGCAUGGGCAGCGAAGCUGUUUAUAAAAAUCAAUAUUUAUUAAAUAUGUUGCAUCCUGAAAUAUUUCCUCUAUUAAAUAAGGAUUGUUUUGAAAAAGAUAAAGAAACUCAAAGUAAUAAUAUCCAUCGUGCAAGAACAGCACAGACAUUAGAAGUACGUCCAGUACCAAACUGUUUACUUAAUGCUGAAAUUUACAAAGAACCAAAGACAUAUAUUGACGAAGUUUUACAAAUUCCUGACUUUACAAAUGUUUUAAAAGAAUUAAAAACAGUUAUUAGCAAAAAAUCAGCAGAACUUAAUUUAGAUACUAUUUCGGAUUAUCCACGAAUUGUGAUGUUAGGUACUGGUUGUAGUGUACCGAAUAAAGUUAGAAAUACAAGCAGUAUUCUUUUACGAAUUAAUAAGGAUUGUAGCAUUUUAUUGGAUUGUGGAGAAGGUACCCUCGCCCAAAUUGUUAGGUUUUUUGGAGCUUCGGAAAGUCUCAACAUUUUACGUACUAUUAAGGCUGUUUAUAUAUCACACAUACAUGCAGAUCACCAUUUAGGACUCAUGGGUGUGCUUUUAAAAAGGAAAGAGGUCACAGAUGAAAUGUUGUAUUUGAUGGCACCAAAGUGUAUGACCCCUUGGUUGAAUUAUUAUAAUGGCCAAUUUGAAUCUGUUGUACAGCAAUAUAUUUUAGUGCACAAUGAUGAUUUGUAUUUAAAUUCUCAUAAGUUAUCAAAAUAUUUUGAAAUUACACUUUACAAUAAAUUAAAUAUUAAUGAAAUAAACACAAUUUAUGUUACUCAUUGUAAGGAAGCAUAUGGUAUUGCUAUCACUCUUCAGGAUAACAAAAAAAUCGUUUAUAGCGGUGAUACUAUAUUUUGUCAAAAUCUUAUAAAAUUAGGACAAAAUUGUGAUUUAUUAAUUCAUGAAGCAACCAUGGAAAGCGGUCUUGAAGCAUUAGCAAAAAGUAAAUUGCAUUCAACGACUUCUGAAGCGAUAAGAGUUGGAAAAUUUAUGAGUGCAAAAUUCAUUUUACUAACGCACUUUAGUCAACGUUAUUCAAAGAUUCCUUUUAUUCCAGACAAAGAAGCAAAUGUUGGAAUUGCUUAUGAUAAUAUGGAGUUUAGAUUGCCGCAAUUAUCAUUGUUGCCUCUUUUCUAUCCGUGUAUAAAAGUAAUGUUUAAUGAAUAUAAUAAAGUAUUGAAUGAAUAAACACUGAA